GUGUCAUUUACUUCUUGCGGUUUUCCUUUGUCGUCCUUAGCGGCUGUAUCUGAAACAAUUUGGCAGACGCAUUUUAUGCGCGUCUAAGAUGCAUCUCGAGUUCUGAUCAUCUGUGCUAUCAGGUGAUCAAGCAACAACCAAACUGCCCCACGCCAAUGCCGCCCUCUUCACUUCCUCACCGACUAUCAAACGCACCACACCGUGUCGCUCGACCACACAAUGGGUAAUUUUUGGAGCAGCAGCGAGGAACGGGAGCAGCAACAAGCUGAAGAACGAGCGCGACGGGAUAUUUUGUUGUCGCAAGCCCGUCGUAGGCAGCAGCAAGCUGAAGAACGGGAACGGCUGGAUGCCUUGUCGUCGCAAGCCCUUCGUAGGCAGCAGCAAGGUGAAGAGCGAGAACGACAAGAUGUUUUGCUGCGGCAGUUGCUACUGAAGCAACGGCAACCACCGUCGUUAAAUCAGCAACCGGCCGCAUCGCAGUACAGUUCGAUUUGGGGCGUUGAGCGGCCAUUCGAUCAGGAACACGAGGACGAAAGCGCUGAAUACUUUCGCUGCAAGAGCGGCUAUGAACACGAGGACGAUUGGCGAAAGCUGCGGAAGGCGAGCAGGACCCAACAGAGCUCGACCUCUGUGGGCCGCCGUAAACGAGGACGGAAGGGUCGUGGAGAUUUGUACGAAGACGACUACCACGCAGGCCACAGCAAGAAGGAGAUCCAGGAGAUGUGUCAAGAGCGUCAGGCGGUGUUUGAGGCACAGUGUCUCAAGGCAUCCCACGUCGAUAGAAGAGAAAAUGAGCAGAGACGAGGACGGAACGUCAAGUAGACUUCCCUGUGCAGGAGGUCAUGCCAUAACACCCCUUGGACACAGUUUGGCAAUAAUCUUCACCGUAGCAGUACACC